AUGUCUUCAUUGGCCACCUUCAACCUUGAAAGCUCUCCAGAGCGUCCCGUUUAUCCUGGCCAUCGGCAUACGGCCACACAAGAGUCUUUUAGGGCAGCGAAUGCAAUUGAGAAGAAGAGGGCCAAGAAUGGCAUCUCGUUUACAGGCAUCGAGGUCUUCUAUGUCGGUAUCUCCAUUUCGCAGAAUGAGAAAGGAGUAUACCGGUAUGCGAUCGUGCUACAUGAUGGUAUCGAGAGGAUUAGCUAUUUCAGCGAAGACCUCCUACUCGGCGGUGGAGCAGACUCUAGCGCAUCGUCUCGGAGCGGAUCGAGAGCUUCUACACCACCAACUACUGACGAACUCGCACGCUUCAUCAAGAAAAAAGUCACGACCUAUCUCUCCAAUUAUAGAGAUGUGCAUAUAUCUAAGCCCGUAGGUGCCGGUUUGACGGAAACUCUUGCGAAGCUGAGCCCUCAACUCUCUGUCGACUUGUGGCGUAAGCUGGACAUAGUUCCCUUCAUUUUUGCGCCCAAUCGAGGACCCGCCGUCAUGGAAUUAGAUGAAGAGGCUGAUCACAUGGCUAGGAAGACUGUUGAGCACUUCACCGUUACAGGGGAUGUACGCAUCACAUUUGGACACCGUCAUGAGGUAGAAGUCGACUCCAAGGGUCGAGCACAAAUGACCAAUAUCGAGAGCUACCUUGAUACCGUGAAUCAGCAGACUACAUGGGCUGCUACAAUGAAGUACGCCGAGUCUCUCAAGCGAAACAACACAAAGAUCGCAUUCUUCAACAGUACUCCUCAGGGUGGUGGAGUGGCCCUGAUGAGACACGCACUGAUACGAUUUCUACGACUCAUUGGUGUCAACUGCACUUGGUACGUACCCUAUGGCCGACCCAAGGUAUUUCGAUUCACCAAGGACAAUCACAACAUCCUUCAAGGUGUGGCCGAAGAUAAUGAGCGUCUGACCGACGAGCGAAUAGUCGAGCUGGACCAGUGGACCUUGGAAGAAGCAGAGCGCUGCCACUGGCUGGAAUAUGGUGGCCCACUUUCUCCACGCGACAGAGGUGGAGCUGAUGUCAUCAUUGUGGACGAUCCUCAGAUGCCCAGCCUUGUGAAGCUCGCAAAAGAGCGUGACCCUACGCGUCCUGUUCUCUUCCGCAGCCAUAUACAAGUUCGCGCUGACCUUGCUGAUCGGGAGGGCACCGCGACCUCUGAGGUCUGGAAUUGGAUCUGGAACCAUGUCAAGGACUGUGAUGUAUUCGUCAGCCACCCGGUUCGUGCCUUUGUCCCCGAGGUCGUGACGCAGGAGAAGGUGGGCUACCUACCCGCGACCACUGACUGGAAAGAUGGCCUGAACAAGCGUCUGCGCACCUGGGAUAGUCAGUACUACAUGCACGAGUUCAAAGCCCAGUGUUUCAAGGCCGGUAUGCGCCAGCUUGUCUAUCCAGAGCGUGACUAUAUUGUACAAAUCGCGCGCUUCGAUCCUGCAAAGGGCAUUCCGGACGUUCUCCAGUCGUACGCCCUAUUCCGCCAAAAAUUUCCCGUUGAUACUCCCAUUAAAAAUAUCCCACAGCUAGUCAUCGCAGGUCACGGUGCCGUAGACGACCCAGACGCUACGCGCAUCUUUGAUGAAACGGAAGCCGCUCUCAAAGGUUCCUAUCAUGAAUACAAAGAAGACGUCGUGGUUAUGCGUCUAGGACCCUCUGACCAAAUCCUCAACGCGCUCAUGAGCUGUGCCAAAGUCGCUCUCCAGCUCUCUACGCGCGAGGGCUUCGAAGUCAAAGUCAGCGAGGCUCUUCACCAUGGUACGCCCAUCAUCGCUACAAAAGCCGGCGGGAUCCCACUGCAGGUCCAACACGGCCAGUCUGGAUUCCUCGUUGCACCCGGUGAUGCCGAGGCCGUGGCCAAGUACCUGCACGAGUUGUUUGCCAACCAGGAGCUUCAUGUGAACAUGUCGGCGUUUGCAGAGACGCAUGUUAGUGAUGAGGUGGGCACGGUUGGCAACGCUCUUGCAUGGCUUUAUUUGGCGGAUUCGCUGGCCAGGGGCGAGACGGUCACGCCAAAUGGGCAGUGGAUCAAUGAUAUGGCGAGGGAGAGAGCGGGACUGCCAUAUCUUGGGGGGGAGACGAGGUUGCCUAGGAAGAUCUAA